UGUUUGCAGAUAUACUGCCACAUUUGAUAUGCAAAUGCCCGUCGUUGCGUCUGUAUGUUAAAGAAAUAGAAAAGGUUUCUCGAUGUUUAUACAGUUGUAGAAACACGCGUAGGAUUUGGGGAGAAUAGUAAAAAUCAGUGGGAAAACGCCCGAAAGGAGAGAUUUUCCAAGUUAUUUCGAGUUCUCCCAAACUACAAGUGUUUGUAUAUAUUUGUAUAGCGUACACGGUAAAAAAUAUUUUCUAUUGUUUUUCUACCACAGGUCAAGAAAGAUACCGAGCGAUAACAAGCGCCUACUACCGAGGAGCCCUGGGUGCUAUUGUCGUCUACGAUAUCACGAGCACGAAGAGUUUCGAGAAUAUCGACCUAUGGAUUGACGAAUUACGACAACAUACGGACGAUAAGGUCGUUUUAAUGCUUGUAGGUAAUAAAGUCGAUCUACGUCAUUUGCGUGCAGUCGAAAAGGAGACGGCAUCCACUUAUGCCGCAGAAAACAAAAUGCAUUUUGUCGAAACUUCGGCACUGAACGCCAUGAAUGUCGACGUCGCAUUCGAGAGCACAUUACGCAAGAUUUAUGAGAUUGUAAGAGAACAGGAGAGUGACAGGAAUGAACACGAAAAUGAACAAGCUACGAUGCUGAAUACGAAAAUGAACGGAGAAAGUUCUGUGCGUUUAAAAGAAGACACAAAUGCUGAUAAAGGACGGCCAUCAUGCUGUUCUUAGUAAUGAUAUUGCUCUAAAAUUGUACAAAUUCGAAGGUUAAUAGUCUAAUCCGAUUUUGUGAAUCUUGUAUGGCUAAGUGUGUAUAUUUGAUAUGUAGAUGCAUGCAUGCAGUUUAUAUCUGGAACUAGAACUGCGAGAUUAGAUUAAAUAUAUACAUUCAAAUGCAUACAUUAAUUAACAAUUAUUCGCCGAAGGCGAGGUGAUUAUCGGUGAAUAAAAACCGAGACGAAGUCGAGGUUUUUAUUCACGAUAAUCACCGAGCCUGAGGUGAAUAAUUGUUUUAGUAUAAUUUCAUAGGUGAUUAUUUGGGAAAAAUAAGAAAAUACACAUUUCUUCGUCAUUUAAUUGACAAAAAGGCUUCGGCCGCCAUUUUGAAAAUCGCGUAGGUGAUUAUCGCGUAAUAAUCACCUCAACGGCAACCAAUCAGCGUGGAGAAUUUUCAAUAAUCACCUAAGUAAUUAUACUAAUUGCAUAUAAAGCAAAUUUGGUCUGAGAUUAAGCCGAAUCAAAGGAAACUGCAGAGGGACCUGAGUAUAUAAUUAUGUUACAUUCACAAAAAUUGAUAACAUGCAUAAAUGAGUUUUCAGUAUAUCUACUAGAUAUUAUCUAGGACCGACAAUCAUGCUCAUUUUGCCGCACAAAACAUCAAAAUGGGUCCGCAGUUUUCGCUACAACCCACCCUCCCAUGCAGUGCUGAAAAUGUCAUUAAAAUGUUUGACAUGAAUAAAAAUACAUCAACCGUGCACUCAACCAAUUGCCUCUUAAGAAUACAAUAAUCUAUAAAUGUCAUGUCAUUUAUGUCCUAAAAACGUGAUGUUAAUCUCUUUUUGACAGCGCGUAAAGAGUUUUAUAUAAUAACUACAGUGAAACACGCAAUUUGAUUGGUCAAUAGCCGUGCAGGAUCAGACUAUCCUACACGAGGAAUUAAAAUGCCUUCGCGGGAUUUUCGCGGGAUUCUCAAAAUGUCAUUGUUUCACUGUAGUUAUUUUAUAAAACAAUUACCAAAUGGUUUUCCAAGCAGGAUAGCGUGACCAUGCACUUGCGAUGUUGCUCGACUUUCGGAAAGUGUAAAAAUACACUCGCCUGCGGCUCGAGUAUUUUUACGCUUUCCGAAAGUCUCGCGACAUCCCUCGUGCACGGAUCACGCAAUCCUGCACGGAAAACCAUUCGGUAUUCCUUUAUUAAUAUCGUACUACACAGAUUUGUAUUUAACAAAUAUAAAACAUUUAAACAUGCAGUUAUAUCAACAUGAGUGGGAAUUGGGAAAACGAGAAAUUGUGUGGCACAAAGCACAAAAUUAUGUGGCAAUAGCACAAAGAAAUAGAAAGAAAGAAAUUUCCCAUGUUGAUAUUGAAUUAUAUCAACACGGCUCUUAGCCAAUCAGCGUUCAGAAUUUAUAAAUGCUAUAUUAUAAUUAAAUUACAAGAAAUUCUCUUCCAUCACUUUGCUUUAUACCAAUUCCACCUACCACGCAAAACGUCAGUCCGUACCAUAUAGAUAUCUUAUAUACACUAGAUAGUGCAUCUAAUUAUUCCGCAAUUCAAAAAUUGAAGCCGUGAUUGCAGUCUCAGGUCGUUCCCAUGAGAUGAGAAGAUUCGUAUGUUUUCUAUUUCUUAAACAGAGAACUUAAACAUUAAGUUAACCCUAUUCCAAAUAUGCUUUUAAACUAUUCAAAUGAUGAAAGCUAUUGUUGUUUUUAAGCGUUUAUUAGCAAGUGGGAACGACCAACAUGGCCGCCAUCUAUUCAAAUGGGGGUAACCGCUGGAAUAUUAUUGGCUUCAAUUUUACUAAAAGAGAUGCGCUAUCUAGUGUAGUAAGAUAUCUAUGGUCCGUACCCACCCAGUCGUUUUUUGAGUGGCAAAAUGAGUAUGGACGAAUUGUCCUUUAGUGCUGGUUAAUAGAAAUGAAAGACUAUUAAAUUAGAAUUGCGAGAAAGAGGCUUGCAUUUAUAUUACACUUUAAAAUUAAAGCCCACUAUGAUGAAAGAAACGUCCAUAAUGCAAA